GUGAACACAUUUAAAGAAAGCCUUAUAUUAAAGGCCUUCACAGCUACUAGUAUAUUGCCUGUAAAUCCUGACGUUAUACUUAAUAGGUUCUGCUACACCACCCCUAACAACUUAGGAUUAGUCUCCUCUAGUUCUACAGCUUAUUCUGCAGAGAAUUAG